AUGGCAGGCAAGAAAAAAGAGUUGAUUCUUCAGGCAUCUGUCACAAACCAAGAACAGUGGGAAGAGAUGCUUGCAACCAAGGGUUUAACAGUUGUAGACGUGUACCAGCAGUGGUGUGGCCCCUGUCGAGCUGUGGUCAGUCUCCUUCGAAAAAUAAAGAAUGAGCUUGGCGAUGAUCUUCUCCAUUUUGCCACCGCUGAGACAGACAGCAUAGAUGCUUUGGAGGGGUAUCGAGGGAAAUGUGAACCCACUUUCCUUUUCUAUGGGGGAGGGGAGCUGGUGGCUGUGCUGCGAGGGGCCAAUGCUCCCAUGCUUCAGAAGAUGAUUGUGGAGGAGUUGACCAAGGAGAAGCUGGUCCUGGAGCAAGGAAACAAACGCAAAGUGAUAAUCGAUGUCGCCCUGUUGGAUGACAAAAACAAAGAAACGGAGGAGCAGUGUCAACAUUCAGAAAAUAAAGAAAGCAUCAUUGUUCCUGACAGUAAACCCUACACAGUUGCCAUCAUUAAGCCAGAUGCUGUUGCUCACGGCAAAGCAAAUGAGAUCAUUAUGAAGAUUCAAGAUGCUGGUUUUGAGAUCCUCGCCCGUGAGGAGCGCCUGCUGACUGAAGACGAGGCUCGGGAUUUUUACCAUCACAAAGCAGCAGAGGUUUGCUUUGAAGACCUGGUGCAGUUCAUGUCCAGCGGUCCUUGCCAUAUUCUGGUUCUUUCUCACGCCGAGGGCUCAGCCAGUGUUUUACCAGCAUGGCGUGAGUUUAUUGGCCCGAUAGACAUAGAGGAAGCCAGGAGAGAGAAGCCAGAAAGCUUGCGGGCACAAUACGGCACAGAGACUCUGUUCAACGCAGUGCACGGUAGCGAGGACAGCAACCAGGCCAGCAGGGAGCUCGCCUUCUUCUUCCCCAACUUUAGGAUGGGCUCGGCAAUGGAGCAGGAUGGGGAGGAAGGGCGUGUGGAGAGGACCCUGGCUCUUAUCCGGCCCGACGUUGCCAGGGAGAACAGAGAAGAGAUCUUGACUCAAAUCCACAAUUCGGGCUUCAGUGUUGCCCUCCAAAGAGAGGUGAUGUUGACUGAGGAGCAGAUCAAGCAGUUCUACUUUCAACAUGUGGAUGAGGACUAUUUUCCUGCGCUGCUGCAGAAUAUGACCAGUGGUCCAGUGCUAGCUUUGGCUCUUGCCAGAACAGGAGCUGUCCAUCAAUGGAAGAACAGUCUUGGUCCCCCCGACCUUGAUAAAGCCAAAGAGGAGAGCCCUGAUUGUCUCAGGGUUAAGUUUGCUGUGGAAAAUAGGCCCAUCAAUCAGCUUCAUGGCAGCGCAAGCCUUGAAGAGGCAGAACGGGAGAUAAACUUCUUCUUCCCUAAACAACAGACACUUGCAGUGAUUAAACCUAAUGCAGUGGAGGAAAACAAAGAUGCGAUUUUGGAGGAGAUCCAGGGCAGAGGCUUCUCUGUCACGCAGCUGAAGGAGGCGGUGCUGUCAAAGGAGAUGGCUGAGGAGUUUUACAAAGACCACAAGGAGAAACCUUUCUUUAACCAGCUGGUGGAGUUCAUGUGUCGGGGACCUUGUGUGAUGCUUGUUCUGACCAAAGAAAAUGCAGUGGAGGAGUGGAGGGCCAUGAUGGGCCCCACCGACCCAGAGGCAGCUAAGAAAACAUCUCCAGAUUCUCUGAGGGCCCGCUUUGCUGCCGACAUCCUCCAGAACUCGGUACAUGGCUCCUCCAGCGAGCAGCAAGCAAAAGAGAAGAUCGACUUCAUCUUUGGGGACAUCAGCUCAACUUGA